AUGACUGCAAAUGGCGUUCGCCGAGGAGAGGAGGAGGAGGGGGAGGAGCGGCCAGUCUCCAUCGCUUCGCUUCGUUCGAAAUUCGAAGGGAUGGCUGCGGCGUCCGCACCUAAGCCGCAGGCCCCGCCUGCUCCUGCCCCAAAGCCGCCGGCACUCGCUUCACGGCCAUCCUCUCCAGCUCUACCGCAGUCCGACGCCAGGGAUGGAAAAGGAUCCAGAGCACCAUCCUCCGCAUCAUCUACUGCACCGUCCAAAGAAGAGGUCGCAGAAAGGCCCGCACCUCCGCCGGCGGCAAGCACGCCUCCAUCAGGAACCACGCCAGCGCCCUUGUUAUCGGCGCGAAUACCAUUGACCAACCUCACGGCUGCGGACACUUCGGAAGAUGGUGAGCGGCCCACAUCGGUCCAAGCGAUGCUAUCUCGCUUCGGGGGCGGAGGCGUAGUGGGCGAAGCUGGGGGAGCUGGGCGGAUAAACGCAGUUGCCGGACCCUCUAUCGUCAAACGCAAACCAGCGCCACCUCGUCCAGACGCGUCCGCUCCUGAGACUCCUUCGGCCGCUCCUGAAAGGGACGCUGAAAAGGCGCCUAUGCUGAGGCGCACAUCUGCAGGUGGGGAGAGCAGUAAUGCUAUACCGGUCUCCUCACCUCCAGCUGCUCCCGGCGGAAUUGAGGAUCUCCAGCGGUCGGCUUCACCUCGGCCCAUCAGCCCAAACCUCCCCACCUCUCGCUCGAGAUCUCCUGCCCCUCUUCCUUCCGCUCUCACCACUCCAUCCAUCGGCAGAGCACCGUCACCAAAACCGCCGGAGCCAGAUCGGGCUUUGAAACCAAGCAGACCGCAAGUCUUGUCGGAGACGAGCCAGGCUGCGCCAUCGAAUCCUCCCCCAUUCCGGUCGGAAGUGUCAGCUGCUCCCGGCCUGCCUGUCCGAAAGACAUCCGCGCCCACUCCCUCCCCUGGCGGUCCCCCUCCUAUCCCACCCAAUCGUCCCAAGCUCGCAUCGGUAGCAUCAGCCGUGAUGGCCGCUCAAGCCUUUGCAAGCGCGCCACCCCUGCCCUCAAGGUACCGCGCCGAGACCGUAGGGACUCGCGAUACACCACCCUUGCCGAACCGACUGGCCGGCCUGCCACCCCCCACCAAAUCUGCCUCGGUCAUACCAGCCCUCGGACCCCGCAAGGACCGCGGAACCAGCAUCUCGGCUGUUCCCUCUCCGUCUGGGCGGGGCGAGGUUCUUGCUUCUCCUACCGAGGACUACCGCCCUCCUCCUCCACCCACUCGGACCAUCCUUCCGGGCGCUACCCUCCCUACACCUCCUCGUCGGCAGGAUACGCGCGCAGAAGUCCCGCUCGAAGCGGAAUCGGAGGACGACGAGGACGUUGACGGGCCCAACCAGAUCCCGGGACUAACCUCCGCCGCCAAGCGCGCGCUGGAAGACUCCCCAGACUCGACUCACGCCAAUCGCCGUCCGCCUCGCUUUACGCCCGAUAUCAAAAUCACCGGUACAGCCCACACCUCCUGCUUUGCCAUGCACGGCCGGUACGUCUGUACCGGCUCGCACGUCGUACGGGUAUAUGACACCCAGCUCUCGGACCAGCCUAUCCACUAUAUCGACCUGCACCAGACGGGCCUCGAGUUCCGGAUCAAAGACCCCAAAGUCACAGCGAUGUGUUUCCGGCCCGCGGCGUUUGCGAGCGAGGAAGGGCGGUAUUUAUGGUGCGGGACCAAAGAUGGGCAUCUAUGGGAGCUGGAUAUCAAGACGGGGGACGUGACCGAUACCCGGGCGUGUGCGCACGGAUCGCCGGUGGUCGGGCUCUUUCGAUACAAGCAGACCAUCAUGUCUCUUGAGGAAGGCGGGAAGCUGCACGUCUUUGAUGUCGGGCAGAGGGAGGAUGGGACAGAGGAGAUUGCGCGGAUUCCGCAGCUCAGUCGGACCUUGCGCGUGGUCGAGAAGUUUAAUUUCGCCAAGCUUGUCGCGGGGAAGUUAUGGACUUCCUCGGGUCCGGCAAACCGCUCUACCACUUCGGCAGCAGCGGCCAAAGGACCGACAAUUCGGAUAUACGACCCCACCACGCCGGGUGCAGCGACGAGCGGGAAAACGGUGUGGGCGACGGAAUGGACGGGUGCCGUGACGUGCGCAACCAUCUUCCCGCUCCGCCCGGACAAGGUGUAUCUGGGGCACGAGGGCGGAUAUGUGUCUAUCUGGGAUGCGGAGGAGGCGGUGUGUCGCCAGGUGCUCAAAAUAUCGAGUAGCGAUAUUUUGAGUUUGGAGGGUGUGGGAGAGCGGCUCUGGGCGGGGAAUAGGAAGGGGCAGAUUCACGCGUAUGACGUCUCGGUCAAGCCAUGGCAGGCGACCAAUCUGUGGACUGCACAUCCAGAACAUGCGGUAUAUCAGCUGGCGAUAGAUCCUUGGUCGAUCCAAGAGACUGGCCGCUUCGUCCUCUGGUCGCUCGGCAAGGACUCACUCAGGGCGUGGGACGGCCUCCUCACCGUAGACUGGAUCGAUUCGCAAAUGACCGCCCGCCAAGCCGACUACAGCGACUUCAGAGAAAUCAAAACCCUCGUUUGUUCCUGGAACAUCGACUCUGCCAAGCCCACCGACCUCGCCGGGUCCGAGGCGAAUGUCAACUUUCUCCCUGAUCUACUGCACAGUGUACACUCGCCGGAAAUCAUCGUGUUUGGCUUCCAGGAAGUCAUCCCUCUUACCGACAAGAAGUUGACCGCAAAAACCCUUCUCUUUGGCGUUGGCUCAAAAAACAAAGAAUCAUCCGCCACUGCGGAUAAGGUCUCGCACGCGUAUCGUCAAUGGUCAGACAAGCUGUCCGCGGCUGUCCGCUUUGCAUAUCCGGAAACAACGUACCUCAAAGUCCACUCGGAAAGUCUUGUCGGGCUCUACACAUGCGUGUUCGUCAAGUCGAGCGAGAGGGAUUAUCUGAGGGAUGUGCAUGUAUGUACGGUCAAGCGGGGAAUAGGCGGGAUAUACGGGAACAAGGGCGCAAUUAUAGCUCGGCUCGUCAUUGACGAUACCUCCAUCUGCUUUAUUAAUGUACAUCUCGCCGCUGGACAGUCGGCCAAGGCGUCCCGAAAUGUCGACCUCGGGGUGAUCAUGGAGGACAAGGCGAUAUUGCCAGUGACGGAUGGAUUACCGUUCAUCAAUGGCGGUGAUGGGACCGCGGUGCUGGAUCAUGAGCUGGUCAUACUGAAUGGAGAUCUCAAUUACCGUAUCGACCAACGACGCGAGAACGUCCUCUCUUCCAUCCAGGCCGCCGAACUAUCAUACCUCCUCGAACAUGAUCAACUCCGGAAAGAGAUGCAGUCAAACCACUCGUUCCGCCUGCGCAGCUUCGAAGAGGCGCCGAUACAUUUCAAGCCGACAUACAAGUACAAUGCGGGAAGUUUAGAGUAUGAUUCGAGCGAGAAGAAGCGAAUACCAGCUUGGUGUGAUCGGAUCCUAUACAACAAAACCCCUCGCCUCCAAUCGCUCCAUUAUAGGCGAUAUGAGCCGACUGUCUCGGAUCACCGGCCCAUCUCGGCCGGGUUCAGGAUGCAGGUCAAGGCGGUAGAUCAGGGCCGGAUGGAGGAUGUUCGGAGGGACGUGAGAGUGGAAUGGGGGAGGAGGGAGGCGGGUAUACUGGAGAAGUUGGAGAGAGCGUACUUGGAUCUGGUGUAA